UACUGAGUCCUAUAAAAUGAUCUCACUCUGCGAUAACAGACAAUACACUUCAACGCCAUCCUUUCAUUGAGGAUGAUGCAUCAAGGGAAGUAAUUACAGUCACUACUGACAGAUCGAUGACUAAUGCUGACAACAAUACCUUAGUCUAUAAAACCCUGAUUUCCCUCUGCUGGGUUCUAACAUUUAUAGCAGGCACGGCAACAAAGUAGUAGUAGGGUAGUGCUUUGUGUGACACAUAAAGCCUAUUUUGUAUCACAAAGACUCAUUUUCAUGCAGAAUCCGUACAUCUAAAGGUAAGCUGGCAUAAUUUGGUGUAUCAUAAUGUAUCAGUGCAUGUUUAUUUCUUGCUGCCUUUUAUCAGUAAAUUAAAUUAAUUAUUUUCCCCCCACCUAAGUGCUUUGCUGUAAAUCUCAAGGCUAAGAUGUUGUAGUAAUUAUUUUCACUCUCAUUUUCAGUCCAGACGUUGGCAGAAACAUUUCAGGGGCCUUUUGAGGAAAUCAUCAACAAUGUGGACCGUGGCUCUUUUUCUUUGUUUGGGAAAUAUUCUCAUCAGAGUCAAGGCCAGUGAUCAGCAUUCAGAAGCGUUCGCUGUAAUUGAGCUCUCUGAAACAGCCUCCCCUGGUCUCUUAAUACCAGAAAAACAGAAAUCCAACAGCUCAAUUCAUCCACCCCUAGUAGCAGGACCAAAAACACCACACCCCCCUAUGUGCUUGCAGUCGGCUGGAAUUAGAGAUGCCUUCAAAUACGUCAAUACCGCGGUCUCUCUUGUUGUUUUCGUUGUUGGAAUAGUGGGAAAUUCAGCCUUGCUGAAAAUCAUAUACGUAAACAAAUGCAUGAGAAGUGGGCCAAACAUUCUCAUCGCCAGUCUUGCUUUGGGGGAUCUAAUCCACAUUGUGAUAGACAUUCCAAUCAACGCAUACAGGCUCAUGGCAGAAGAUUGGCCAUUUGGCGUGGUGCUGUGCAAACUUGUCCCCUUCAUACAGAAAACCUCUGUUGGAAUUACUGUGUUGAGCUUAUGUGCUCUGAGUGUUGACAGAUACCGAGCUGUGGUGUCCUGGAAUCGAAUCAAAGGCAUCGGCGUUUCAAUGUGGACGGCAAUCGAAAUAACUCUGAUCUGGGUUAUUUCUAUCCUGCUGGCUGUGCCCGAAGUUGUCGGCUUUGAUAUGAUAACAAUGGACUAUAAAGACAGGCAUCUGAGAAUAUGUCUGCUUCAUCCCAUGCAAACCACACAGUUCAUGCAGUUUUAUAAAUCAGCAAAGGACUGGUGGCUCUUCGGCUUCUACUUUUGCAUGCCACUGGCUUGGACCGCCGUCUUCUACACACUCAUGACCAGGAAAAUGCUGAAGAACACUGAGAAUACGUUGAGCGACCACACCAAGCAGAGGUUGGAAGUGGCAAAAACUGUCUUCUGCCUGGUGAUUGUGUUCGCGCUAUGUUGGUUGCCUCUGUACUUGAGCAGAAUCUUGAAAUUAACCAUGUAUGAUGAGAAAGAUCCUAAUAGGUGUCAGCUACUGAGUGUCUUUCUCGUCCUGGACUAUUUUGGCAUUAACAUGGCGUCACUCAACUCAUGCAUCAACCCUAUUGCAUUGUACAUAGUCAGCAAAAGAUUUAAAAGAUUUUUCAAGGCGUGUCUGUGCAGUUGGUGUCUACCUCUUCAAGCUGUUACCCAUGACGAGGCGCAGUCUGUUUUGAAGUCCAGAAUGCAGGAUCAUGUCUCGGAGCAGAGCUGCAACAUCAAAGCUCCCAAACAGACUUCCACAUCUCUACCUGGGCCGGAGAACACCUUACCGUGUUAACAAAACACAUGUGGAACCGUGAAAAGAGUUUCUUUAAUAUUUCUUUAUGGCUAUCAAAGCAGAUCUGACGGUGGCUUAGCAACCUUGACAUGCCGUCCUAAUAAUUUGAAAUACCUUGUGAAUAACAUGCACCACUGUCUUUUUGUACUGCUGUCGUCAGUCGAACAUCUGCUUUGGAAUGAGCAACCUGGAGUCAGAGUGUUCAGACUAUUUGCCCCCGGGGGUUUGACUCACUCCCAACCAUUACAUCAGAUUUUUACCUAGUACCUAUCCUGUAUCAUGCAUCACAGUUCUCAAAUCACUGUUUUGGGCACGACGUUAACCUGGCACCCAUCAACAGAAAUCUUGUCACAGCUUACCGCCUGCAUAUAUAUAUUAUAUUUUUAUUCUGCUUCUGGAUUCUGGAAAGACACAGUGCCAUAGGAAAUUAACCAAAUGGGAAUUCAAAAUUAUUACGGUGGGUUUUUAUGGGGUACGGUGUAUUAUUAGCACGUUUGAACGUGUGUUUUCAUCUCUGUUAAGUUUUCUCCACACACAGCAGCAGCAACAGCAGCAGCCUAAGAGUUUAUAGCGUUCUUUUCAGUUCUUGAACCUUGAGAAACAUAUCAAAUUGGUGCCACAAGUAGAUUCUGUCUCCGCUACUGAAUGACUGAUUGAUGGUGGCCUAUUUUUAAUGCAUUGUUAAAUGUGUAAUGCAUGGAGACACUUUAUAAAAGACCUGAGAGUGGGGAAGAAGGAAAACGAAGAUGACAGAAUGAGGUCAGGAGAAGAGGGGAUGGGGAAGAGGAGAGGGAGGGAGGGGAGUGUAGAGAUGAGCACCUGAUAGGUCUUCCUGUCACAGGACAAGGCAAGCACAAAUAGAGUGCUGUUCUUCCAGCUAAUGCUGCAAAACUAUCCGGAUGCCGCUGCGCGCUUCAGUGCCUAUUAAAAGUUUAUCUUGUCUGAGU